AUGGAGCCUGUUCAGCUAUGCUUUGUCGAGGGCCGUCCACGCCACGCAACCCAGCGGGACAAAGAACUGGUCGACGCGACAAUCCGAGCGCACAAUGCAAGAGUCGCUCACGCGAAACGAAGCAAGGGUACCGCGGCGCAUUUAUCAGGACGGCAGUCAGCCUCGACUGGGCCGUUGGUUACUCGAUUUCGCAUAGAGCCAUCGUCGGGGCGUGAUCGGGACCGCGGGCAAAGGGACGACGAGGAAGCCUUGCAACGAACUCAAGAUGUUGCUCAUGCGGAACAGAGGGGCCGUUUUCACAGCAAGAGCUGGCUAUUCGCCAUGAUGAAACACCGGCAAUGGAUGGAUGCCAUAUGGACACCGUUCUCGCCUCAUGUACCAAGGCACAUUGCAAUAUACCAGCAGAUGAUCGUCCCCACCAUCCAGCUCGCGUUUGAGGUCUUCCAUGUCCGCAACACCCACAACUACGAGUUCCUCCUGUGGAUGACACGACCCACGACGUCAGGCUACCAUGCCGGAGCGGCUGGUCUGCAGCUUCUCUACGACCAGCAAGUCUCUCCCGGCUGUCGACAGACUCGCCAGUGCCUCUCCCACAAGGUACAAGCGUCUGCGAUACUGAGGGAGACGUUGUCUCACUCCCCGACAAAAGUACCCGACGAUGAGCUACUUGUGAUCCUGGCCCUUGCAACUGUAGAGAGAACUGUGGACUUGGAGGUUCACCAAUAUCAUCUCGAGACCUUGUCCAAGAUUAUCACCGCUCAGGGAGGCAUGCACCUGGUGGCUGAUCACCCUCAAUGCACGAUUAUGCAGUUCGACGCAUGGUGGAGCCUAUCCACCGGUCUACGAUACUUUUCCUCACCACCGGCCCUUCCACUCCAACGACCCGAAGACACUGUCGGGAGCCGAUUCCGGGACCAAAUCCACAAAGUACCCUCGGGGUUCCACUGCUUCAUCCUCGCCGGAAAAUGGCCCACCAGCACGGUCGAGAUCCUUGUGCGUCUCGCGUAUGUCUACGAACGGCAGCGACGGGGUAAGCUUGCGCGGGACCCCGCAGGACGCAUCAUCGGCCUCCCCAACACGGCGGGCCUGCCGGUCUGGCGCACGUUCCAGGAAGCGUGUCCGGCCCUAGACGCGCCGCACACGAGCCGCGAGAAGCUGGUCGCCCUUGCGAUGGUGCUUUACUGCGGCAUCGGCUUCGAGACGGCGCCCGUGUCGAGUAAUGGCGGGCUGGCGUCGAGGGGGCAACUGACUAGGAUCUUCACCACGGAUGAAUUGUCGCGCGAGGACGACGACGACAACAACGACGACGACGACGACGAGGGAGAAGAAAAACCCUUCCUCUUCUGGGUCUGGAUGGUCACCAUUUGCGCCUGGCACAACGCCUCGGGCAGCGGCUUCCUGCCACCUGGCAUCGACCUGCUCCGAAGACUGCGCCGGCGGUUCAGGGAUGUCAAGGACUGGGACGCCGCGGGGGGUAUCCUGGAAAAGUUUUUCUGGAACGGCACGCUCAGCGAGCUGUGCAGGCCUAGGUUUGAGGCUGCGAUGGAUAUGUAG